AUCCUCAACACACAGUGGGUGUGACCUGGGUGCAACCAGUCACAGCUCUGCAGAGGUUACUGUGAUUUUGCCCCUGAAGGAUCUAUCCACAACUUAGGAAUUCACACAGCUUUUGGCCUGAGCCCCCGUUACCGAGGGAAAGGAGGUUUUUGCCAAGGACUCCAAGGGGAGUGCACUUGAUGCUGGUCGGGACCCAAAGCACCCAGCCCUCCCUGAGACAUUGUGUGAGUCGGGCUGGGCCUCAGACACGGCCCCCACUGCCCCACCCCAGCCAGGGUGGUGCUUGUGUGGGAAGGACUUUAAAUCCAGCUGCCAGACCCCUGGACGGGAGAAGGAGAGACGGCUGGCCACCAUGCACGGCUCCUGCAGUUUCCUGAUGCUUCUGCUGCCGCUGCUGCUACUGCUGGUGGCCACCACAGGCCCCGCUGGAGCCCUCACAGAUGAGGAGAAACGUUUGAUGGUGGAGCUGCACAACCUCUACCGGGCCCAGGUAUCCCCGCCGGCCUCAGACAUGCUGCACAUGAGAUGGGACGAGGAGCUGGCCGCCUUCGCCAAGGCCUACGCACGGCAGUGCGUGUGGGGCCACAACAAGGAGCGCGGGCGGCGCGGCGAGAAUCUGUUCGCCAUCACCGACGAGGGCAUGGACGUGCCGCUGGCCAUGGAGGAGUGGCACCACGAGCGUGAGCACUACAACCUCAGCGCCGCCACCUGCAGCCCAGGCCAGAUGUGCGGCCACUACACGCAGGUGGUAUGGGCCAAGACAGAGAGGAUCGGCUGCGGUUCCCACUUCUGUGAGAAGCUCCAGGGUGUUGAGGAGACCAACAUCGAAUUACUGGUGUGCAACUACGAGCCCCCGGGGAACGUGAAGGGGAAACGACCCUACCAGGAGGGGACUCCGUGCUCCCAAUGUCCCUCUGGCUACCACUGCAAGAACUCCCUCUGUGAACCCAUCGGAAGCCAGGAAGAUGCUCAGGAUUUGCCUUACCUGGUAACUGAGGCCCCAUCCUUCCGGGCAACUGAAGCAUCAGACUCUAGGAAAAUGGGUACUCCUUCUUCCCUAGCAACGGGGAUUCCGGCUUUCUUGGUAACAGAGGUCUCAGGCUCCCUGGCAACCAAGGCUCUGCCUGCUGUGGAAACCCAGGCCCCAACUUCCUUGGCAACGAAACACCCGCCCUCCAUGGCAACAGAGGCUCCACCUUGCCUAACAACUGAGGUCCCUUCCAUUUUGGCAGCUCACAGCCUGCCCUCCUUGGAUGAGGAGCCAGUUACCUUCCCCAAAUCGACCCAUGUUCCUAUCCCCAAAUCAGCAGACAAAGUGACAGACAAAACAAAAGUGCCCUCCAGGAGCCCAGAGAACUCUCUGGACCCCAAGAUGUCCCUGACAGGGGCAAGGGAGCUCCUUCCCCAUGCCCAGGAGGAGGCUGAGGCGGAGGCUGAGUUGCCUCCUUCCAGUGAGGUCUUGGCCUCAGUUUUUCCAGCCCAGGACAAGCCAGGUGCAGAGGGCCCUGACAAGCCUAGCGUCAUGUCAGGGCUGAACUCGGGCCCUGGUCAUGUGUGGGGCCUUCUCCUGGGACUACUGCUCCUGCCUCCUCUGGUGUUGGCUGGAAUCUUCUGAAGGGGAUACCACUCAAAGGGUGAAGAGGUCAGCUGUCCUCCUGUCAUCUUCCCCACCCUGUCCCCAGCCCCUAAACAAGAUACUUCUUGGUUAAGGCCCUCUGGAAGGGAAAGGCUACUGGGCAUGUGCCUCAUCACACCAUCCUGGAGGCACAAGGCCUGGCUGGCUGUGAGCUCAGGGGGCCGCCUGCGGACUGCACACCGGGCCCACACCUCUCCUGCCCCUCCCUCCUGAGUCCUGGGGGCGGGAGGAUUUGAGGGAGCUCACUGCCUACCUGGCCUGGGGCUGUCUGCCCACACAGCAUGCAUGCUCUCCCUGAGUGCCUGUGUAGCUGGGCAUGGGGAUUGCAAGGGGCAGAUGAAGGACAAGCCCCACUGGAGUGGGGUUCUCUGAGUGGGGAAGGCAGGGACGAGGGAAGGAAAGCAACUCCUGACUCUCCAAUAAAAACCUGUCCAACCUGUGGCAACUAUUCCUUCUCUUUCACAUCCCCCUCCUCUAAAACACUCCGUUUAGUGUCUCCUGUUUGGGACGCACCCUUCAUUUCCUUCCUAUAACUCUGGCCUCCCCCUAAUCACAGGUGGCAGGCAGGAAGGGGAAGAGCCAAAGGAAGGCCAAGGGCGCUGAGCUGACUCCCCCAGCUUCAGGAAUCACCAGCGGGGCCUAGGUGGGUUUGGAGCCCAGGAUCAAAGCAUGGCAUGCGGCCUCUUCACGGGGGCGCUGCUCCUCAGACCUGUCUGGGACACAAGGUCAGAAAUGUACGUCAGGCAAGGCUCUGCCAGCCCCAGGUGCUUGGAAGAUUCCUAAGAAAGGGAUCUGGAGUCCCAGAACCUCCCCAGGGGAGCACAGCAGGACCGUCCAGAGGUGCUGAGGAUCAGGAAAGCACACAUAUGUUGGGGUAGCAGUGGUGGGUGACUGAGGGUGGCUUGGGUGGUAGGGAGGGGCAGAGCAAGUCUCCAGACUACCGCUGGAGGGUGAGCAGUCAAACAGGACACCACCCAAGUCAGGCCAGGGCUGGGAACCCACCUGUAACCAAGGAGGACACUCCCCUUUUUUACUUUCUUUCUUUUUUUUUUGAGAUAGAGUUUUGCUCUGUCGCCCAGGCUGGAGUGAAGUGGCGUGAUCUCGGCUUACUGCAACCUCCGCCCCCCAGGUUCAAGUGAUUCUCCUGCCUCAGCCUCCCAAGUAGCUGGGAUUAUAGGCACCCGCCAACAUGCCCAGCUAACUUUUGUAUUUUUAGUAGAGGGUGGUCUUGAACUCCUGACCUCAGGUGAUCCACCGGCCUCAGCCUCCCAAAAUGCUAGGAUUACAGGUGUGAGCCACCAUGCCCGGCCUACUCUUAUGUUUUUUCCAGUUCUAUUCAGAUAUAACUCAUAACAUAAAAUUCACCCAUUUAAACUACGCAACUCAAUGGUUUUUACUAUAUUCACAAGGUAUAUUCACAAGGUUGUGUAACCGUCACAAUUUUAGAACAUUUUCAUCACCCCAAAAAGAAACCCCAUACCCAUUAGCAGUCACUCCCUGUUUCCCUCCAACCUCCCCAGCCCCAAUCUACCACUAAUCUAUUUUCUAUCUAUAUGGAUUUGUCUAUUCUUAACAUCCAUAUAAAUUCUUGACAUAUCAUAUAUGUUAUGGUCUUUUGUGACUGCUUCUUUCACUUAGCAUAUAAAUAUAUAUAAUUUGUUUUAGACAGGAUCUUGCUCUGACACCCAGGAUUAUAGCUCACUGCAACCUCCAACUCCUGGGCUCAAGUGAUUCUCCCAUCUCAGCCUCUUGAGCAGCUGGGACUACAGCUUGCUUGCCACCAUGUCCAGCUAAUUUUUACAUUUUUUGUAGAGACAGGUUCUCACUAUGUUGCCCAGGCUGGUCUUGAACACCUGGCUUCAAGCAAUCCUUCCAAAGGACUGAGAUUAUAGUUGUGAGUCGCUGCUCUCAGCCAACAUAACUUUCAAGGUUCAUCCAUGUCGUAGCAUCAAUCGGAACUUCAUUCAUUUAUGUUGCCAAGUAAUAUUCCAUUCUAUGGAAUAUUCAUUACAUUCUAUAGAACAUUUCCAUUUUAUUUGUCAUCGGACACUCAGGCUGUUUCCACUCCUGAGCUACUACGAAUAAUGCUACUAAGCAUUCAUAUACCAGUUUUUGUGUGAAUGUAAGUUUCCAAUUAUCUUGGGUAUAUACCUAAGGGUAUAUAUAAGAAGGUCCCCAAAGGCCUGUCAGAGGCCCUUUCAGCUUUGCCCAUUGGAUGAGGUUUCCCAGGAUGGGAGGAGGACAUUCCUCCUGUCACCCCUCCCUUUGCCAGCAGCUGAGGUCUCCCCCUGCCCAAUCCCACCCAAUCUCCUUUCUCAGAUGAGGACCCAGCAUCCUAGUUUCCAGGACUAGUCGACAGGAAACACACCAAGUGCUAGGAGGGCAGAUGGACAGGGUCUCACCCCCCAAAGAUCAAAGGGUCUAGGGGCAUUUCGCACACACAAGAAUUUGAACUGAAAACUUCUUGUUUUAUUAGAUUAAAAACCUGUACUUUGCUCAGCCAAUAACUGGGACACAGUAUCAAAAGAGGUUUUCAUGCCAUUUCUGAGUGUGGAAGAUGGCUUGGGAAAUGAAGUUGAAACCCCCAAAUUCAGGAAAUUACUUGGGGGACAGCAGCAGCCCUCCCAGAGGUGACUGGCCAAGGCCACUAAAACCUUGCUCUCUACUCUGGGCAGCCUCUCUGAACUUCUGGGAGGAGAUCUUCACAUCUAGCUUAGCUCAGGCUCCAGAGAUACAGGUGCCCCUCAAUCUGGGGGGGCCUUAGGAACUAACCAAUGCAAAAACAGGAUCUGAGGGUGGAGCAACAGGAAGAAAAGAUACCCCAGAACAGUGGUCAGUGCUGUGGGAAAGCACACUGGGCUGGAGAGAGGCCGCAGGGCAGACUCCCCUCUGAAGGGCCUGGGAACCCGAGGCCCUCCUUCUCUACAGGCCUGCCCUGCCCACCCCUGCAUGUGUUCUUCCCACUACCUUAGCCCUCUUGGGUGUUUCCCUAGGAAAGUUAAUAUGGGUGACAAAGUUAGGAGACCUUAGUGGCCUCAACCAGUGUACAUUUACAUAACACCCACACAGGCACACUUCUGCGUUCCUGGGAAACAAGGACAUGUGAGGUGAAACUGCCUGUGAGUCCACUGUUACUAGGCCACUGGGAACACCCACUUGUGCACAAGCAUCCCAGGGACCUUCCCUUUGGUGGGGGUGACUCAGCCCCUACUUGUGAGGGAAAUAUGACCAAACUCACCAGACCCCAACUCUCACAAGCCAGGUCACCUCGAACAAGGGCACAAAUACCUGGGGGAACCCAGCUGGGCCUCAAAAUAUUUGUAAGCUUUGUCUGCUACAGACUCCAGUGCUGGGCAAAAACCAUUUGAUGGAAGGGAGGUCGCCCGUUCUGAUGUAACCAUGUCCACUACACCAAGUGACCUUCGUAAAACUGGAAGCUAUGUCAUCCUCAAAUGGUGCUGAGAUAUGACAGUCAGGGGUGUGAGUGGAACACUUUCUGAAAGGCCUGUCUCCCUGGCAACAGACCUGCGCACUGGUUGCUGCUGUGGAAACUGACACCCCAGCCUCAUCACCCAGUGUCUCCCUGGAGACUCAGCUACACCAAGCUCUGGUACCUACAUCUCCAAUCUGGCAGCCCCCUGCCCUGCCUCUUCACAGCCCCUUCUCACGCCAACAGGAAGGACUUGGAAAGACAGACUCUAUAGAUAGAUUUUUAAACUUAGAAAAAUAAGAGACUCCCCACAAAACUCCAAAUCACCAAUACAUUUAUUUGCGGGAGAUGAGGUGAAAUCUUACCAUGAACUUUAAAACUGGGUAGGACUAGAGACACUGAUCUGCCCAACCUCUGGGUAUUCACAACUGCACAGGUAACCAGAUCCUGCAAGCGAGGCAUCACCAUUAAACAGAUGAGCAUUAGAUGAGGAGGACACAUUCUGAGUAGUUGCAUGAUUUCCCAUUCAGAGGCAGGUGCUGCCCUCAUAUCAGAAAAGUAGUGUUGAGAAAAACACAGGCAGAGCCUGGCCAUUUGCCUCCUAGCAUAGGCCUAGACAUGAUGCUGGCCAU